GGAGGGUUGUGUGUGGAUUCCCCCCGCAGUAGAAGGGGGAUGGUGUGAGCCGGGGAAGGGAGGAUUCCAGGGCUGCAGACAGUGAAGAGGGAUCAGCAGGGAAGAAUGAGUGACAGUAAUGAGAACCCCGCCGCGGUCCCCACCCUUCUGCCGGAUGUGCAGGGGGAUGGACGCUGGAUGUCUAUGCACAAUCACUUUGUGUCGAGCAGCAAAGACAAGGAGCCCGAGGUCGUGUUCAUAGGAGAUUCUAAUGUCCAGCUGAUGCAUCAGUUCGAGGUAAAAAUUUGGAGGGAUCUCUUCUCCCCUAUGCACGCCCUGAACUUUGGAGGAUUGGGCGAGGGCACCCAGCAUGUAUUAUGGAGAAUGGAGAACGGGGAACUGAAACACAUCAAACCAAAGAUUAUUGUGCUUUGGGUGGGCACAUUCAACCAGGGAAACACUGCAGAGCAGAUUUCAGGGGGUAUUCAAGCCAUUGUCCGAUGCAUGCAGCAGAGGCAGCCUCAAGCCAAGGUCGUGGUGCUGAGUUUGCUGCCGCGAGGGAAAAACCCGAACCCCUUACGGGACAGGAACAAGCAGGUGAAUGAGCUGCUAGCAGAAGCCAUGCCCUCCAUGCCCAACGCCAUGCUCUUUGAUCUGGAUCCUGGGUUUGUGCAUUCUGACGGCACCAUCAGUCACAACGACCUGUACGAUUACCUCCACCUGAGCCGCCAGGGAUACGCUCGCAUCUGUCAGCCGCUGCACAAAAAACUGCUGCAGAUGCUGGAGGGCGGAGGGGUGCCGGCUCCACAAUAGUGAACCAAAACGGUUAUCUAGAGUUGGGAAUAACCUGGAAUAAUGCCAGAGGGAGGGCGAGACUGGUUCUCUUAAAAGGCUUCCCUCUUAAACUUCUCCAAAGAUAAGGUUGAAGGGAAUAAUGGUAGUAAUCCUGCCUGGGUAAGAGCAGUGCAAUAACUUUAUCAUUCCACCAGGGGGUGCUGUCUUCCCAAGUUAACACUUUAAUAAUCACUGCCUCUGGGGGAGGACAGGAAACACUUCUUCCUAGCUCCGCAAACACUUGCCGAUCCCUAACCAGCUGCAGCUUUAUUUUCAGCUUUUUUUUUUUGUUUUUUGUUUUUAUAUUUUUUUGUUUUUUUUCCUUUGCAAAAGGUGCAAGCUGUUUGUUGAAACGGGUGCAAGUUUUUCUUUGACGGAGCACUCCUCCAAACUGUUCCAGCAUUGGCUCCUACCUGGACGAGGGUCGUUAAGGAGCAUCCUGCACUUGUUUUAAGAAACGACUUGAAUGCAAGCAGCUAGCUGGUUGGAGACCGUUUGUUUAGUACUACACUUCCUUUUUGUUUUUAUGUUCUUUUGUACAGUUAAUCCUGUUUUUUUGAUUUUGUAUAUUACAGUGAGAGUUGAUGUAUGUGCUUUUUUUUUUUUUUUCGUUCUGGACCCCAAUAUGACCUUUUGUGUACGCCGCAAAGAGCGCAAGUGUGAUUCCACUAUACCUGGAAGGCUUGUCACCGAAAUCACAUAAUAAAUGUGUUGUGACUCUCA